ACAAGACACCCCCAAACUGGAAGGGUUCCUCGUUCGCGCAUGCGCGUUGUUUGUGACACACUUUCCGCGUUGAUCGUCUGCUGGUCGCGCGGAUGCCAGCGUGUUUUGAUCGCGUGCUUUUCCCCCCUCCCUCUUUCUUGGAGAUCAAACGCUGAGCGGCGGAGAUAAAAAAAAAAAAAUAAUAAUAGUAAUAAAAAAAAAAAGGAAAUUAAAAUCAGGACAAAAUUCAAAUCAGGCGUGUGGGAUCUGGUGUGAUCUGAUGUGAUCUGAUGUGAUCUGAUAUGCCUUUGUGUGUUCUUCAUUUUUUUAUUCAUUAAUCGUGAUUUUGGUGCGGAUGCUGCGCGAGCAAACUUCAAGCUGAAACACAACUGCUUGGACUUCUUGUGUUUGAAAGGAAAAACGAGCAUGGAUACGAUGGACAUCUGGAUACAUCUGGAUAGAUUGGUGGAGAGAGAGAAUAGAAGGCGAAGUAGCGCUGUGGAAACAAUAUAAACACUGAGCUGUUGUGGCAGAGAUCAACUGAUGCAACCAUUCCAGUGGUGUAACGGGUGCUUCUGCAGUUUGGGGGUGAUCUUCGCCAAUAAGUCGUGCACGAUGCCACCCGUGACGUUUCAGGACCUGCCGCUCAACAUCUACAUGGUGAUCUUCGGGACAGGCAUCUUUGUCUUUGUGCUCAGCCUCAUAUUCUGCUGCUACUUUAUAAGUAAGCUGAGGCAACAGGCACAAAGCGAGAGAUUUGGAUAUAAAGAGGUUAUUUUGAAAGGGGACAUGAAGAAGCUGAAUCUUCAUGGGACGUGUGCCGUGUGCCUGGAGGACUUCAGGCUGAAGGACGAGCUCGGUGUCCUGCCGUGCCAACACGCCUUUCACAGGAGGUGUGUGGUGAAGUGGCUGGAGGUGCGGUGUGUGUGCCCCAUGUGUAACAAGGCCCUGGGUGGAGGAUCGGAGCAACACCACAGCAUCGGCACUCUGCUGGACGAGCUGGUCUAGAGAACGAGUAAUGUAUUUCAAUCUCACCAAUAGAUGGCAGUCUUUUUUGUGGCUGACGCAGGCCUCCUGUCAAACUGGAACUCUGAGUAAACAGAGGAGACGUUCUGACAGAAAUGGCUGAAGAAGAAGGAGCUGAGAUGAUCCACGCACAUUCCACAGAUGUUUCUGUACACUGCCACUUACCUGAACACUGCCAGUGAUGAGAUCGAGACGAAGACAAAGUGCUGUGUUUGUGUGUGUGUGUGUGUGUGUGUGUGUGUGUGUGUGUGUGUGUGUGUGUGUGUUUUUUAACUGACUCUAGCUACAUUCUCACAAACUAUCUUUCUGAAACACCAGCACGGAUUCCUGAUGUUUUUUUUGUAAUGUUCAAAAUUGUUUCUAGACUCCAGCCACAGCUUCACCUCUAUAAGGCGCUAUAAACUGCAUACCGCUUCUUUAAUUCCAAAAACCCAACCAGCUUUUUUUUAUAACUCUUUUAGAUUCUAGAGAUGAAAUGUUUCAAAUUAGUUAUAAACAAUUUUGGGAAUUUACAUACACAAUAUGUGAAAUAUGGCCACUGAGCAUAAAUUGGGUUAGGGUUAGGGUUAGGCUUUUUUCUUUAUACAGUAUAUACAUAUUUUGCAUAUUGUGUGUGUUUGUACAGUGUAUAUUAUUUAUUUUGAUUGAAAUUCAUCCUGCAGGUGGAAAAGUUUGCAUCCUGCUUUGUCAAUUUGGAAAAGAUGGCCACGCGUAUUAUGUUUUUAUGGAACACAAAGACAAUUUAUACCAAAACACAACAUCGGUGAGCAUUUGCCAUCUGAGAAAUGAUGCACAGAGUAAUUUAUAGCAGAAACACGAUGUGCUGGGAAAUUUGUAAGAAAAUUCUCUGAAGACUUAAAUUACACUGUGAUUACAUUUAGCAUUGACCGCUAACCAAACCACUUUGAAUUUCUGCCAUGAAUCAGAAACAGCAGCAAGUCUUUAUUGAAUAUUUGAAUCUGUGUAUCUGGACUUUUUUUAAAAUCUGGAUAUUGUUGUUGACCAACUUGGGAAAUAGGACCCUGAGCAGAAACUUGCUAGCUAGCAUAUAGGUCUUAUUUUGUGGAUAAUCUAAGGUCAAAAUGAGAGUUGAAAUUGGAUAAAAUUGUCAAGAAUAUUCACAUUUCUCUCAGUUAUGUCGCUAGAUUACAAAGAAAAGGCUUCAUUACGCUACAAUAGUGUUGUUAUUAUGAAACCGCUAAGCAACUGCCAAUACAAACCUAGCAGGUAAAACGAUCUUGAAUACAGUUGAGUAUUUCCCAUUAAAAGAUCGCAAUGAUCUAGAAAUACUACAUGAUUAUGAAACCCAUUUCCAGUAAGUCAUUUUUACAUUUUGUAAGCUAUAAUUUUAUUAUUGUUUUUUUGCAUUUUGAGCACUUGUUUGUGGAAAGAAGAAAGAUCAUUUGCCAAUACAACUAUUAAUUAAUAUACAUAUAAAAUGUAUACAAUUUUUAAUAUGAAAUAUUACAAGAUGGCUGCAUUACACCACUACUUGUGAACUUGUUCCCAGAAAAACUGCACAUGAUGAUUGCAAAUGGGUCCUUUACAAAUAAACACAAAUAAACAAACAAAAUAAAUACAUAUAUAAUUAACUAAUAUAAUAAAGAUGAAUGACGCUCCUUCCUUCCACUCUGAAUGUAGCAAAAACCAAAUCUGUGUUUUGUGAAUUUUUAUGACGUAUGGUCAAAUAUUUGUAAAGUAUUUGUUAAAAACUGAGAGGUUUAUCACCCGAUUUUUGUUCAAGUGAAUGAAUUAAGCACUGAACGAUGUUAAAUUUUGCGUGAGAUCUGUUUGAAUAUGCACAGUGCCAACGCUAGUUUACAAUGUUUGUGUAUAAACUUCCGAUUUGUGUACUUUUGUUUAAUAUUCAUGCUGAAACGUUAUGUUUUAUGCCAGUGUUCAGAAUAAAUCAGAACUGC